AUGAGUCAUGACUUCUCAAAGACUCGUAACCCUUUGUGGUCAGUUUUUAUACACACUAGUGGUGUGUGCCCCAGUCCCCUCUCCCUAGUUGCUGUUCUGAAGCGGUUAAUUCCACUGCCACUCCCCUUGAUUCAGAGUUACCGUGACAGUGCCCAUUCCCUGCUGCUGGCUCAGUGUCUCCUGGUAGCAGUGAUGGGUGCUAGGUCUGUGCUGGUGCUGAGCUUGCUCUGUGUGUGGGGUGCUGUGAGGGCUGAGGAGGGUGCUGCUGAUGAGUACAAGGCUCCUGACUUCUGUGGAACCUAUGAAUGUCCCAAGUAUCAAGUGGCAAAGAAAUAUGAAGUAAGAGGAUGGGGGAGAAGGAAUCGUGUGCUUUGGUCUGGAGACUGGCAAUAGAAUGUUGUUAUUAUUAUUAUUGUUAUUAUUUAUAAAGCGCCAACAAAUUCCAAAGUGUUGUACAGUUACUGCUUGUCAUACAAUUGCAAGAAUAAUAAAAAUUAACUUUAUAGAUAGCAUGAUAAAAUAUAUUGAGGCACCAACCUUUCGGUUGUUAUUUGUUUAAUAGUAUUUUCAUUUACUCUAUUUAAUAGCACUUAAUUGAAAACAUACAGGACUAAGGGUAAACCAACAUCUACUACUAGCAUUUUACUAAAUAUUACAUUUAAUAUAUCCAGAAAAUACUCAGAAUUCUGUUUUAUUAUAUUUGUGUAUAUUUACUUUUUUAAAGAUAUUUUAUUGAAAGCAAAUUGCGAUAUGAAACAGUCUUUCAGACAAUGCUUGCACGUUCUUCCAGCAGUGCUAAGUUAGUGUCUGUUAGCAUCUUUGGUAAUAUAUUAUAGGAGACUCAUAUAGGACAUAUAUAAUCACCAAAGUGUUAACUGUCUGGAAUUCAAAGUGAAUUCCAAAUGAAUUCGAAUUAUAGGCUGUCACGGACAAACUGAACAUAGCAGAUUUGUUUUUUGUUUUUUUCUGUUUAGCUAUUUUUUCGGCCUAAUAAUCGAAAUUCACUGAAUUUUCAAAAUGAUAAUCUUAUAUAUAAAUAACCGUUUCUGUCUCGUUAUUUUCCAAUAUCAUACACUGAUAGAGUAUAGUUGAUGUUAGUAGUUUUGCAUUGCAAAAUUCAAGGUGGCGUAUUGCACAGUAUAAAACAUGUUUUUUAAGGUACGAUGAUGUUUUGGGUACCAGCACAUUUAUGCAUUUUGUACUUUUGGCCUCAAUAGUUAGGUGUACAGUUUGAUGAUUCAAUAAUUUUUAGGUGUUGGGCUUUUGUUUAGUUUUUUUAUGUUUUACAGCUCAAAGGAACAUUCUGGGCACCAUAACAACAUUACAUUUUUAUGGUGCCUAUCUUACCUUAAAGCUUCAAUGAGGAAGCCUAGGUCUGGGCGCCAGUGAUUUCACUAGAUAUUCAUUGAGAAAAUGCAUGAGAACAGUACAUACCCAUGGUCCUUAAAUUUCUAUUUUAAUCUAUUUUUCAGACUUUUGAACUAAGAACUUAUGAAAGCACCCUAUGGGUAACUACACCACUAGAGUUGGACUACUUUGGCUUUGGAAUAUAUAGAAGCUUCAAGCGCUUGUUCGAUUACAUCAAUGGACAGAACUCACAAGGUGCAACGUCUUUGUCAUUGUUUUUUGAAAUUGUAACUUCUGUCUCUUUGCUUUGAGAAAAGAUGCGUUAGUCAGAAUAAUAGGUGAUAGAAUAAGCAAGAACCAGCAUACUUUGCAGAAACCUCUGUACACUAGACGCAGGAAACAAAUGAAAAAAGAAAGUUGGGAGAUCAAUGUAAACAAGUAAAAAUAAAAGGAAACUAAAAUACUAAACACGGAGAAUAUGCAUGAUGUUGCAAUGUUCUUACAGCUAUAUAGAAAGAGAAAGGGAACUGAGACUUGCAGCAACAAACCAAUGGACCUGGCCUGUAGGGUUCUACUGCCGGUGCGAGCGUCACCAGGUGCUGCAUGCUCUGGGGGCCAGUGGGACGGCCUAUACACUUAGAGCAGUCCAGUCGGUAUUGGUGGACAGGGGCUCGGUCGUGUGCCGCAGGACUGUAACAGAGCAAUUGGGCCCCUGUAAUACAGCCAGUGCUAGGAGGAAGUGAGAGCCCUUUCACUUCCUCCCAGCUAACAAACCGAGCCGUGUAGAAGCCAAAGAGGAGAAGGAACAGGCUGCAGGGAGGGAGAAGCUAGGAGAGAGCUGCUCCAGACCCCACACUGUAUCUGAUUGUGUGUAUGUGAUAGAAUGUAUCGGAGUUUGUGUGUGUGUCAAUGUGAAAGUAGUGUAUGUGUAUAUGAGCUACACUUGGUGCCUCCGAAAUGUUAGUUUAGUCCUCCUUUAUUGGAUUAGCUACCCAGUUGCUAAUCUCUUUUUUUUACAGUGAGCAGCCAUUGGGUUCUUGCUGUUUAGUAGACAUGCCCCUACUCGCUGCAGCUAGGAGAAGCAGGUAGCUUUAACCUCCCUUAUACUAAUAUGGGUGUCAUGUUGACUCCUAUAGGGUGAGGUGGGUAUGGGGGCAGGGCUGCCACCAGAAAUUAUGGGGCCCCUGACGCAGCUCAUGGUCUGGGCCCCGGGGGCCCACCCACAUGGCCCACCCCCAACUCAGCCCACAUGACCCACCCCCAAAUCCACCCACAGGGCCCAUCUUGAGUCCACCCACAAGGAUGAAGUGUGUGUGUACUGAAUUUGGUUGUGUAUAUAGUGGCUGUAGAAUAUGUGCAGUGGAUGCAAAGUGUGUGAGUAAAGUGGAUACAGUGUUUAUAGUGGAUUCAGAUUGUAUGUUUGUGUAGUGGAUAGAGAGUGUGUGUAUUGUGGAUGAUUUGUGUGUAUAGUGAAUGCAGAGUGUGUGUUUGUGUAGUGAAUGCUUUGUGUGUAUGUGUAGUGGAUACUGUGUGUGUGGUUGUGUAGUGGAUGCAGUUUGUCUGUUUGAUAAUGGAUGUGUGACAAAUGCUGCUGGGGGGGUAUUUUUUUGCUGUUGAAUUUUUAUAUAUAUAUAUAUAUUUUUUUAAAUGUAUUCCCCCCUUCCCUGCACCUCACCAGGGAGGGGGGACACCGGAUUCCCUGGUGGUCUGGUGGCUGAGCUUGUUGGGCCAGCACAGAGGGGCCCAGCAGACUCCAUCGUCCCCCUCCUGCAGCCAGUGCUCUAUUUGUGUAGCGAGCACAGCAUGCAUUGCGUGCCUCAGAGCGUUGUCACGGCAACCCGCGUCAACGCUUUAAAGCCGUGGCUCGCAAGAGUCCUGGAGGGGAAGGUCAGUGUGUCCUGGGCCCAACUUGGAAGCCAGCAGGGCCCACAGAGACAUAUAUAUAGCGGUGGGAUAAAGAUCAUGAAAAAGGUUCAGCGCUGAUAAGAAACAGGGAGUAUAAUAACAAGGCAGCACACCUUAAAAAGGGAAUCCCCUCUGAAAAAAAAGGAAAGAAUAAGGGUGCGCCUAAAACAAGUGGAAAUAACAAAAUAAUAAUAUGAGAAGAGCAGCAAUAACAAAAAGUCCGAAAAAGUGUCCAAAUAUAAUAUAAAAAUGGGAUAACCACGGUACCUAAUAGUCCAAAUAUAAAAUGUCUACCUUAAGAAAUUCGGACACACCCUCGUACCACAUCUCACCAGAGCCCUGAACAGCCUGAGAGACGGCACAGCCUUCCACAAAGAAACCCUGACCGCAACAAUAGCGGUAAUCCCGAAGCCGGGCAAGAAUACCGAACAGGUCGGAAACUACCGCCCAAUCUCACUCCUCAACGCUGAUGUCAAGCUAUUCUCGAAGGUCCUGACUACAAGACUACAAAGACAUAUGACUAGACUAAUACACCCUGACCAGACGGGCUUCAUACCUGGCCGGGAGGCCAGGGAUAAUACCAUAAGGCUCUUCGCCAUACAACAUCUAUCAAAGAAAAUGGGAACGAAGUUACUACUACUGUCGACGGAUGCUGAAAAAGCCUUCGACAGAGUAGAUUGGCACUUCAUGACGGAAACACUACGUGCGACGGGUCUUGGAAACGACAUGCUCACAUGGAUCACGGCACUAUACAACCAACCAACUGCCAGGAUUCGAGUAAAUGGGGCACUCACGGAUGACUUCCACAUCAAGAAUGGCACGAGGCAGGGUUGUCCGCUAUCACCCCUACUAUUCGCCCUCACGCUAGAACCGCUUCUAGACAGCAUUAGGAAAAAUGAGGGAAUACUGGGCUUCAGACACGGAACACAUGAACACAAAGUGGCCGCAUACGCCGAUGACAUGCUAUUUUUCCUCGAGAACCCGCUUACCUCCGCUGCCCAGCUAAUGUCGGAAUUCGAAAAAUACGGACGUUUAUCCGGACUCAAAUUGAACCUGACGAAAUGCGAAAUCUUAAACGUCACCGUCCCGGAAGAAGAAUGCGCUCAGUUUAAACAGCAAUACCCUUUCCACUGGUGCCCAAGCCGAAUGAAAUAUCUAGGGCUAUGGGUAAGACGCGAGGCUAAAGACAUCUACGCCCAAAACCAUAUACCCCUCCUGAAGACCAUACUCGAAGACCUUAAAAGAUGGCACUACCCCCACAUAUCUUGGCUGGGGAGAAUUACAGUGAUAAAAAUGAAUGUUUUACCGAGGCUACUCUACAUAUUUCACACAGCCCCACAGGUGAUUCCGCAGACAUUUUUCAAGACACUCAAAACAGCAAUCACACAAUAUAUUUGGAGAGGAGAGAAGGCCCGCAUUAGCUUUGACAAGCUCUGCUUACCAAGAAGCUGGGGAGGGCUAGCCCUGCCCGACAUCAGAAAAUACCACCAGGCCACAGUACUGCAGAGGCUCAAGGAACUCCACACGGAUACACCCGACAGAAGGUGGGUAACGCUCUGGAGGGAAUCCACCGAGAAAAGACUACACACACUGAUUUGGCACAGAGAAGCGGACGCGCACAUAAUACUGGGAGAAGACUCCCCACUUACACACACCCUGAGACACUGGAACGAGCUGAGGAAAGGACAGCAGAUCUCACCCAAACCCAGCCCGCUGAUACCGAUCACGUACAACCCUGACCUGGGAGAUAGCCUCCCGCCAACGGCUUGGCCGAUGGAACACCAAGAUGGAUACAUACCUAUCUACUCAACUUUAAGCAACACGGGAGUGAAACCACUACGGGACAUAUUGGAAGAGAGACCACACACACUACUGCACCAAUUCCGUUACGCCCAACUAACCCACUACUACCAUAAUCUACCUCAUAGAACCAAAAUCCACAGGGACCUCACGUGGUUCGAGAACCUAUGCACUCAGACAACGGCAAAUACAGGAAAGGUCUCCAUGAUAUAUCAAAGCAUACUGACAGGACAUAGAACAGAAAACACCCUAUACAAACGGCAGUGGGAGGAAUGGACGGGGGAGUCUUUUGCGGAUAACCAGUGGGAAAAGAUCUUAAUCCUACAACACAAAAGUUCCAUUAGCUCCCAUUACGAGGAGGUGAAUUACAAGCUCCUUACACACUGGUACCGCACCCCCUCUCUGAUAAACAGAUUCGCACCAAACAUCCCGAACAUCUGCUGGAGAUGCGGAGACAGCCCCGGUUCACUGAAGAACAUCUGGUGGGACUGCGAAAAAAUUAAACCAUACUGGGGGAAUAUUAAGCAAGAAAUAGAACGCAUCCUAGGAGACCCUGUGGACCUUACAAUGGGAGCCGCUCUCAUACACCACACGGAUAGACCCAUACCCUCUUAUAAAAAAUCAAUUCUGCGACACCUGCUAAACGCGGCAAAAUCCCUAAUCCCACUACACUGGAGGAACGAACAUAUACCCACACUGGAACAAUGGAAGACUAAAGUCGAAGACAUAAGAAGGGCAGAAGCCAAAAUAGCUGAAACAAUAGGCAAGGAGGAAAAACAUACAGAGCUGUGGACACCAUGGAUACUGUACAUUUCUUAACACAAGACGCAGAAACGAUACACCCAGCUGGGGGCGGGCCCAGACGCGGCUCGGAAGGAGGCGGACACCCGCCCUCCCUCUCCACAUCCCCUACCCUCCUCCCCACCCCCACCCAACUUCCUUCCUUAUCCUCAUACAGAGAAAGCCUUCACACACACAUAAUAUGCAGGAACAGAGACGACAAAGGAGACACUCACACCAGUUGCAGAUAUCACUCACGAGUAGAAUAGAAAGGACACAUAACGAACCUCGCAGACAAAGAGCACACAAAACAGCUAUACACACAAGCAACGCAUGCUGAGCUACCACGGACGCAACAACAAACACAUUAAACGCUAGAAACAUGACAACGCAACCCUUUACACCCAAGUCAACACCUAGACAUACGACUAAUACGAAACGAUAAAAUGAAAGUUAAAAAACCCACGCACAAUGACGUUAUAGGACAGGGGAAGGAGAUAAAUAGCGAGGAGACAUGCCACAACCGUUCAGAUACGCAGAAGGAACAGACAAGACAUCUGAUGACAGAACCACAGACUCGCGACAAAAAGAAAACUCAGGUCAAUACAUACUAAUCCUACUAUACCCAGACGAGCCACAAACAAUAACUAAAUAAUUCCGACACGUAAACAGCACUAGCGGGACUGAACGAAGCCCGGACAGCCCCCUACCCUAACGCCCACGAUCAGACCAACGCCUGGGUACACAGCAACAAUUGGUGCACUCAAAAACCAUAGCUGUGCCGCUAGAAAUUACCAGAGACCUGCGAGUCCGGCAAUAUUGUGGGCCUGCGAGCCCAAGAAUGUUCCCACAUGUCAUGUUAACUAAACCAACGAAUUGUGAUAGUAUUGUUGUUGACUGUGAUGUGCCUCCUGGGACCUGCGAGUCCGAUUUUUCUUAACUUUGAUACCACAAAUAAAACAAAUUUACAAAUAUAAAAUGUCCAAAUGCACAAAUGGUGGUCCUAGUAGUCCAUCAGAAGGGUAUGUAGCGUCCCUAAUGAGUAUAAAUAUGCGGGGAGAACAGAAGAGAGAGAAAAACUCCAAUGGUGUAGUAUAAAGACAGAAUAUGAAUAUUAUGUAAAUAUUUGUGGAACUACUCACAAUCUUCAGAGCUUAAAUCCAGCUCUGGUAUGGAUAGCGUGAAGUGGAAUAAUCCCCACUCAAGGAUAUGUGGUGCUCCUCUUUGGUCCUUUGGUAAAAGGAUGGAGUCCAACUCGGGAUAAAAAUAAUAAAAAAAUAUAGUGCUCACUGUAUAGUUGAUAAAACAAUUAAAAUGAAAUAAAAUAUACUCACGGUAUAUAGAGCAGACGUACUGCUCGGUGGAUGGGUGGUAUAAUCCCCACCUUAAGGAUUCUUUGGUAGUCUAAUAUGGUCGAAAUCAAUGGUAGUUAGGUCUGGAUAAAAUGAACUUGCAUAGAAUAAAAUAGCAAAUAAUAUAAUAUAAAAGUGAAAAGAGGAAUGUGGCAAACCAGUGUAUAAUAGCCAGAUAUUCCUUUAAUGACACUUUGAUUUUAAAAAAGAACCUAAAAACAAAGUGGCAAACAUGUUAGUUAUAUUUAUAGUGCAUUCAAAAAGUAUUCAGACCCGUUCAUUUUAUGUUGCAGCUUUAUACUACACGUUGACUUAAGUAUUGAGACCCUUAACUCAGCACCUUUGACAACAAUUACUCAUGUCUUUUUGGGUAUGAUGCGACAAGUUCUGCACUGGAUUAAGGUAGUUUCUGCCAUUAAUCUCUGCAGAUCCUCUUAAAUUCGGUCAGGUUGGAUGGGGACGGUCAGAAGACAGACAUUUCUCCAGGCUUUGGCUGGGCCACUCAAGGACAUUGCCAUGUCUUCACAGUGUGCUUAGGGUCAUUGUGAAGAAAAAAAAAAAAUUAAAAUAUGAAAGCUGCAACAUUAAAAAAGUGAAAGGGCCUGAAUACUUUUUGAAUGCGAAUUUUCAACACACUAUUAUUAUUGCAGAAUAUUCUGUGUUAUCAGGCGCUUAAAUUAAAUAGUAACAGGUGCUCUUAUAGUGCAGCAGCUCUCACACAAAAAAAUAGGUACUCUUCAGUCCUAUCGUGAUUACAUGUGAAAAAGAACACUUAUUUACAUAACCAGUAUGAAAAAGUGACAGUGUGUAGCGCUAAAUAAUAUCGACUUACACCAUGAGGAACUUUAGGGAUAUGAAAUAUAUAUAUAUAUUCUCCUGAAUCUUGGAGGGUAUAGGAGAUAUAUAUACUGUGGAGAAAAUGGAAAAAAUAUAUAGUGCACUCUGUGCAAACAGGCGUAGUGGUAGAUCAUAUAAUAGGAAGCACUCACGUGGUUCAGAGCCUAUUAUGGAUUGGCUCUUAAUCACUCUUGCCUUGUGUCCUUUAGGUGACACACACCUUCAGCUCCCAAUAAGGAAUAACCCUCAAAAUAAAAAAGAAACAGGGGGAAAUCCGCCCUAGUGUUGAAAUCCUUAGAGACAACAAUAUAUAAACAUAUAUAUGCAGGUGAAGAUUGCUUCUCACCUGAACCAGAGCCUGUAACCUGGCUCUAAGUAGAAAGGCAUAUGAGUCCUUUUAUGGGAUGACUCCUUCCCUCUUUAAUGGAUGGAAAAUGUACCAAAUAUACUGUUGAAAUUUAAAAUGGUAUUUAUUACAUUCAUAUAAAAUCAGUCUUGAUACAUACAGUAUACUGGUGUCCAAAACGCGUUUCGCCGAUUCCGUUCGGCUUUCUCAAUCGAAAUCACCGAUUGAGAAAGCCGAACGGAAUCGGCGAAACGCGUUUUGGACACCAGUAUACUGUAUGUAUCAAGACUGAUUUUAUAUGAAUGUAAUAAAUACCAUUUUAAAUUUCAACAGUAUAUUUGGUACAUUUUCCAUCCAUUAAAGAGGGAAGGAGUCAUCCCAUAAAAGGACUCAUAUGCCUUUCUACUUAGAGCCAGGUUACAGGCUCUGGUUCAGGUGAGAAGCAAUCUUCACCUGUAUAUAUAUGUUUAUAUAUUGUUGUCUCUAAGGAUUUCAACACUAGGGCGGAUUUCCCCCUGUUUCUUUUUUAUUUUGAGGGUUAUUCCUUAUUGGGAGCUGAAGGUGUGUGUCACCUAAAGGACACAAGGCAAGAGUGAUUAAGAGCCAAUCCAUAAUAGGCUCUGAACCACGUGAGUGCUUCCUAUUAUAUGAUCUACCACUACGCCUGUUUGCACAGAGUGCACUAUAUAUUUUUUCCAUUUUCUCCACAGUAUAUAUAUCUCCUAUACCCUCCAAGAUUCAGGAGAAUAUAUAUAUAUAUUUCAUAUCCCUAAAGUUCCUCAUGGUGUAAGUCGAUAUUAUUUAGCGCUACACACUGUCACUUUUUCAUACUGGUUAUGUAAAUAAGUGUUCUUUUUCACACUAUUAUUAUUGCCUGAUUGUGCGCUGAGACAAUUAAUUGAAGCGACACUCUACACAUCAAAACAAGCUUAGCUUAGUGAAGUAGUAUUAGGGUGUACAUAAUAUUCCUGCAAUCUAACUGCUUAAUACUCUUUAGGGGUUAAAUAGCUUUGUUUACACUGAUAACCCACCACUUUAAAAUCACUGACAGGUAAAGUGAAUAACAUUGAUUAUAUCGUUACAAUGGCAUCUGUCAAAGGGUAGGAUAUAUUAGUCUGCAAGUGAACAGUUUGCUCUUGAAUUUCAUGUGUUCAAAGCAGGAAUAAUAAGCAAGUGAAAAGAUCUGAGUGACAAGGGCCAAGUAGUGAUGGCUAGACGACUGGGUCAGAGCAUCUACAAACCGACAAGUCUUUUUGGGUGUUCCCUGAAUGCAGUUGUUAGUGCCUACCAAAAGUGGUGCCAGGAAGGACAAGCGGUGAACCACUGUCAGGGCUCAAGGCUGAGACUGCAGUGGCAUGGUCUGUCCACAAAAACUGCUUCAUUCAGCCAACGUUGUUUUGGUGCUUAGAGUGUCCCUUUAAUUGUAUAAUACAUAUAUACUUAUAUUUAAUAAUGAAAGUAUUGACUUAUAUUGUAAUAUCAGGAUUUUAGCUACGGCAUAUUUCAACUAACAACCCAUUUAUAUCCAACAUUUUACAAGAGAAAUGGAAUGUAUUUAUAUUUUCAUCCUUUUUGUUUCAUUUUAAGGUAUCAAAAUUAAGAUGACUGUCCCAGUGCGGAUUUAUGUUCCAUUAAUAACUCCAACAGAUAAGAAUGCCACUAUGUCUUUUUUUGUGCCAUUGGCAGUGGUAAAUCCACCGCAACCACUGAACAAAGAGGUUUACAUUGAAAGUGUUCCUCAAAUGUCUUUCUAUGUCAAGUAAGUGACUAUCCUGACAUUGCAUUUCCAUUGUAUAAUUCCUAUUAAUUUACUUUGCUGUACAUUUCUGUUUGUAGACUAACUGUAAUUAUGGUAAAACAGAGGAACUCCAGUGCAUUUGUAUAAAGAGUAUGCAGGGUAUAAAUAACUUAAAAAUAAAGCAUUCUAUGUACAGUUCUUCUCACACACUACCUUUUGAACAGAAAAGACAAGGCAGCAUUUACAUUGAUUUGAGAUUCGAUCUUUUACAUAGAUUGUAUGAUUGUACUAAAUGUAUUCUGGGGGUAGAGUCUGACUAUCAUGGAAGAGAGUCUUGUUCGAGCUCCUCUCUAACACUGGUGAUAAAGUUUUUUCAGCCUCACUCGGCUCGAAAUAGUGUUAUCCUGCAUCUUAUCAGAACUUCGACCGGGCUAUAUCCCAGUACAGUGGUCCGCAGCUUAUGAGAGCAUUCAGCCUGGUGUACACCGGGUGGGAGAAGCGGCUGAUUUCCCAGCCAAAAGCUGCCAAGCAACCGAAUGCAUUAAGCAGGCGCCCAUGGGGGUGAUCCUGGUUAACCCGUGGGAGGCCUCUAUGACUUACUGAGAACACAGGAUGUAACAAUCAAGGCUGCUGGACAACCCAGAUACUCACCUAAAAUGGCAGGCGCCGCGUGAAUCUCCGGCUCUGUUGGAGCCCAGCAUAUUAUCUUGUCCAAGCUGGACAGCAUUUUCAAUGACUUCUGGCACAGGCUUGAGCGCAGACUGCAUCUCACUGCCUCACAACAGUCGGAAGGAACAUUCUCUUGGUAAUCCGAACCCUACCCUACAUAAGACGUCUGUGGUUCUGACAACGAUCAAAGCCCAAGAAGGUGGCGGCAAGUGAAGCAGCGCAGUUGGGGAAGAAAGCCGGGUCAGCAGCUCAUGAGAGGCACAAUGCGUCGGCCAGCAUAGAAGCGGGGCAGCUACAAGACCUGUGGAGUGAGUUCCAAGCGGGUCUCAGCAAGGAGGAGUGGACGAAAAGAGCCAAAAGGGCACCCCUCUUAUCUGGGCACUACUUCAACACCACCACAGCUACUAAGCCUGCUACUUCACACCUUUGACUGGGACUGCACCCUACCUAUACCGGCCAUAGGCUGAAGUAAUAGCCAAACACUCCACUCAUCCUCCUAUCACACACAGCCGGGUGAAUCUUGGUGGAGUUCCAAGCUUUUUCUGAAGAAUGCAUACACAACCUGUUGGGCUGUUUUACCCGUUUUGUCUUGCCCUACAUGUAUUUUUACACUUUUGUCAGUCUACCAUCGUGGGGGCCUUAAAUAUAAUUUAAUUGAAGUCAUUCUACUUGUCAGGUAUACCCUAGCACUCAUGCUGCCACCGGAACCCACUUCCGGGUUCACGGCGCUUAGCCCCGCCCUUUUUCUGACGCGGUCCUUCCACGAUACUUAGGAAGACAGCGCCAGAUUCAAGGGGCUGGAUUAUUCACUCAGGUGCGGCAGAGAGAUCAGCUGCUCUACUUGAUGCUACCGGCUCCACUUCUCAAACCUCGGGUUGUAAACGGAUUUCUACCUUCUCAUCUCUCAGACCUCGGCUUGUAAACGGAUUUCUACCUUCUCCUCUCUCAGACCUCGGCUUGUAAACGGAUUCCUACCUUCUCCUCUCCCAGACCUCGGCUUGCACAAACGGACUUCCUUUCUCUCAACUACUAAUUUGCAGUUUGUUAAAAGAGACUCCUAUCUCCUCCUCCAUUGGGUGAAUUAACCCUUCCAGUGCCAGAGUGCCUCUAAGUUAAGUAAAUCUUUUGCCAAGGAAACCAAGUCAUAUCAAUUAAUUAUAGUAUUUAAUUUCUCUAAACUCUCACUUGGCAAAAUAGGAUUGCUGCUAAGGCUAAUUCUUCCUACCAAUAUCAAUUUAUUCAAACUGCAAGCCUGUCCAACUUCAUUAUUAAAUUUCUCAUAAUUUAUUCCAUCUUAUUCAAGUUGGAACUAACUUUGCAUUUUUUCCUGCUUAUUUAUUUAAAGAUACAGUCCACUGUUUUCACUUCAAUAUAAUAGGAGGUGAAACUUAUUGUUCCUGCACUCAGAAAAUUCUGCAGUUGAGUUCCAAUUAAAGAGGUAUUACACAAUAAGUAUCACACUACUGGUGGUCUAGCAUGUUUUAUAUCUCAGCAUAGCUACCUUGUUUAUUUUAUGGAAGUCAACUCAUGCAUGUUUAGUUGGUUUCCUUAUCAUUAUUUAAAAGGAGGCUGCAUUUCUUAGGAGUGAAUACUUAUGUGUUUACUUUUGAUAUUGUACUCAUGUUUUUCUCCAUACUAUGUCUGACACUAUAUGUACAGCUCUGCUUUCACUCCUUCUUCCUUGUACUGUACUUCUGCCUCAAUAAAAACAAAGAUUGACAAAAAAAGUAUUCCAGGUGUACAAAAAAUGUGAUGUUCCACAAAGAAUAACCUUUCCGUGUGACCCCUUUCCCCACCCAUAUCUUUUGAAAAAUGACACAAAUAAUAUUAUAUUUGCUCUUUCAUUUUUUUUUUAGGUCUUUUGGUGGCUAUGCACUUAAGCCACACUAUGAGAAAAAAGCUAAAAUGUUGUCAGAAGAGCUGACGGCCUUGGGGCUAGGAUUUGACAGCACCUUUGGUACAGCAGCUGGCUACAACGAUCCACUUACAUUUGUUGGCAGGCAUAACGAAGUGUGGUACAGAGUCCAAUAA